AAAAUUCAGUUUAUCUUAUACGAGCUACUUGGAUUGAUACUUUCUCUUUCAUAACAAAAUAUCUAUCUUUAAUUAAAAUAAUUUUGAGAGGGAUAAGAUUUCGUAAUUAUGGGUGGGGACAGUCCAUUAUGAUGCGAGUGGGCAGUCCUUUUUAUAGGCGUGAUGAGAAGGUGGUGAUCAGAUCAUCCCCCCCUUUCUUACUCCUCCAAACUACAAAAUUUAGAGAGAGAAUUAAGCAGACUCUCAUCACUAUCCAUGGAUCCGUACAAGUUCCGUCCCUCAAGUACGUACAAUACGCCUUUCACCACCACCAAUUCUGGAAAUCCUGUCUGGAACGACAACAAUGCUCUCACUGUUGGAAGUAGAGGCCCCAUCCUCCUGGAGGACUACCAUUUGGUAGAGAAAGUUGCUAACUUCGCCCGGGAGAGGAUCCCGGAGCGUGUUGUCCACGCGAGAGGUGCGAGCGCCAAGGGAUUCUUCGAGGUCACUCAUGACAUCUCUCACCUCACUUGCGCCGAUUUCCUCCGAGCACCGGGCGUUCAAACCCCGCUCAUCAUCCGCUUCUCCACCGUCAUCCACGAACGCGGCAGCCCCGAAACCCUUCGGGACCCUCGGGGUUUCGCCAUCAAAUUCUACACCAGAGAGGGAAACUUCGACAUGGUGGGAAACAACAUCCCGGUGUUCUUCAUCCGGGACGGGAUGAAGUUCCCGGACCUGAUCCACGCGAUGAAACCGAACCCGAAAUCCCACAUCCAGGAAACAUGGCGUUACCUGGACUUCUUCUCCCACAUCCCGGAGAGCCUCAACACCUUCACCUUCUUCUUCGACGACUACGGCAUCCCGCAGGACUACCGGCACAUGGAGGGCUUCGGCGUGCACACCUUCACCCUCAUCAACAAGGCCGGCAAGGUCAACUACGUCAAGUUCCACUGGAAGCCCACCUGCGGCAUCAAGUGCCUCUCGGACGAGGAGGCCAAGGUGAUCGGCGGCGCCAACCACAGCCACGCCACCAAGGAUCUGUACGACUCCAUCACCGCCGGCAACUUCCCCGAGUGGAAGCUGUUCAUCCAGAUCAUGGACCCGGCGGACGAGGACAAGUUCGACUUCGACCCGCUGGACGUGACGCUGACGUGGCCGGAGGACAUCCUGCCGCUGCAGCCCGUGGGGAGGAUGGUGCUCAACAAGAACAUUGACAAUUUCUUCACGGAGAAUGAGCAGCUGGCCUUUAAUCCCUCCGUCAUCGUGCCCGGGAUUUACUUCUCCAACGACAAGAUGCUUCAAUGCCGGACUUUUGCGUAUGGAGACACGCAGCGCCACAGGCUUGGGCCCAACCACCUGAUGCUGCCGGUGAAUGCGCCGAAAUGCCCCCAUCGCAACAACCACCAUGAUGGCUUCAUGAACUUCAUGCAUAGGGAUGAGGAGGUGAAUUAUUUCCCCUCCAAGUAUGACCCUUGCCGCCAUGCCGAGAAGCACCCCAUUCCCACCGCCGUCAUAACCGGGAGACGUGAAAGGGUGUGCAUCGAUAAGGAGAAUAACUUCAAGGAACCCGGAGUCAGAUACCGUUCAUGGGCACCAGACAGGCAAGACAGAUUUGUGAAGCGAUGGGUUGAUGCGUUAUCGGAUACCCGUCUCACCCACGAGAUACGUGCUAUUUGGAUAUCGUGGUGGACUCAGGUCGACAAGUCCCUUGGUCAGAAACUGGCGUCCCGUCUGAAUGUGAGGCCAACCAUGUGAAGGAAGCAACAAAGCAUAUACUCCUAUUCCUAUAUGUUUUGAUGAAGUAAUAAGUGGUGUAAACAUAAUCGGGUGUUUCCAACUACAAUUAUCGUCCAUCGUAAUUUCUUUUUACUUCUGUAAAGUUUAUUGCGUGUUGUAAUAUCUAUGUGCUUGGACACAUUUGGCCUUUUUAUUGUAAUGCGGUUUAUGUGUGUUA